CCAGUGAGCCUCCAGCGGAAGUGGAAGAAGAACGUACGUGAGAGAGGCUUCUGCCUCGUUUAAGAAAUCACGAUGGCCCUUCCUCAAGUGUCUGGAGCUGAGAGCUGCAGCCCAGGGAAGGGAACUGUGUCUAGCUAAGGAAGCCAUGGUUGAUGUUGCUUCCAGAUCUCAUGUCAACACCUCGCCCUCAGCUGCUGGUGGCAGCUGCUCAGCAGACCUUGGGCAUGGGAAAGAGACGUGGUCUACCCAGAGCCAUCUGCCUUCAUCUAGCUGGAGAGGUGCUGGCUGUGGCCAGGGGACUGAAACCAGCUCUGCUAUAUGAUUGCAGCUGUGCAGGGGCAUUGGAGCUCCAGAGCUACCUGGAGGAGCUGCAGGGGCUGGACUUCUUGACCUUGAGACUUCAUAUCCUUGAGAUUGGAGAAAACAGCUUGAUUGUCAGUCCUGAGCAUGUAUGUCAGCACUUGGAGCAGGUGUUGUGUGGUACCACAGCCUUUGUGGAUAUUUCCAGCUCCCAACCUCAUCCUUCUAUCUGCUCCCUGGACCAGCUUCAGGACUUGAAGGCCCUCGUGGCUGAGAUCAUUACACAUUUUCAGGGGCUGCAGAGGGACGUAUCCCUAUCUGUCUCCCACAGCAGGCUCCAUUCCUCAGACUGGAAUCUCUGUACAGUAUUUGGGAUCCUUCUGGGCUAUCCUGUCCCAUAUACCUUUCACCUGAACCAGGGAGAUGACAACUGCUUAGCCCUGACCCCACUACGGGUAUUUACUGUCCGGAUCUCAUGGCUGCUAGGUCAACCCCCAGUCUUGCUCUAUUCCUUUAGUGUCCCAGAGAGUUUGUCCUCAGCCCUGAGGGACAUUCUAAACACCUGGGAGAAGAACCUCAGAACCCGAUUUAGGACUCAGGAUGACUUUGCUGACCUCAGCAUCUCCUCUGAGAUAGUCACACUGCCAGCUGUGGCCCUCUGACUUUAACUCUCCUCCCAUGUACAAGGUACUCAGUAAAUAAUCUUUUCUAGGUUGGGGAUAGCAAAUAGGAAUCAUCUCAAGUGCUGAUUCCAAGCAUCUUGAGAAUACUAGGGAAGAUUGCUGUAAUCCCUUAGCACAUAUGCAAAGGGCAUGGGAAUAGGUAAUGGUGGUAGUAGUGCAGAUUUGCCAUUUCUAUACUAGGAAGUACUCUUUGCUUAACAGGGACAUCCAUUUUUCACUGGAUGAGAGGUGGUGGAGAGAAAGGUGGUGGAGGACAAGCAGUGUACUUUGUACGGUAGCUUUGUAAAUAAUUGCCCUAUGUGGGUAGUGUCUGCCAGGAAAAUAGAAGGAUUGUGGGUUUUUCUGCAUAUUUCUUUACCUCCAACUGAAUUGGACUCUGUAGAGUAGACCAGGAUGCUUAAAGGUCAUACUUGUGAUGUGAUAUGUCAUUCAGGAAUGAAAUGAGAGUUUUGAGGCAUGGUCUAAACAGGUGAAGUUUAUUUACAGUAGGUUAAAAAAAUAAUGAAGUCAGAAUUCCAGUUCAGUUGGGGGGAAAAACCCAAGCUAUGAAAUACCCAAACUUUCUGAGUUUUCCACUGAGUUCCUUGCUUUUCACCCAAGGCAGCUGUCACAAGUUAUUCAGAUCAUCAGGUUGUCUUUGUUGGCCAGGAACACUGCCAGUGCUGUAGCAAUCACCACCAUCAGCAUCGGGAGCCAUCGGCCACAUUGCCUCUGUGUGGAGGGAGAGGAGGGGUAGAUAGAAGGUGGCCAUGAGUUGGUAGGAGAAGAUAUAGGUAAAAAUAAUCUUCCUCUUGCUAUUCUAGACCAGUGGAAAACCUUGGGUUGGUGGUGGAGAAAAAGCUUUUUACUUCACUGUCUCUCCCACUUUCUGUCACUCCCUUAGGAUAAAAAUAGUGGUCUCUUGCCCCAGAUACAUAAAUGCUGAUAUGAAUAAUGAAGGGUGGAAAAUAACUGAGGAAAAUUAUGUUCUCUGUUCAUAUGUCACUAUCCUUGCCACCAUGCUCAUAGUACUCUAAAAGAAUACCCUUUCAUACUUUAGCUAAUAGCAAGUCUUUCCCUCCAGGCUCAAGAGUUCCAGGAAAAUUGGGCUUGGAUGCAUGAGCCAGUGUUUCUUUCCAUGGUUGCUCUACUGUCAGUAUUGUAUAAACCAAGUGGAGUGACACAGGCUGGCCAGGUAUUGGCAUAAGGUGAUAAAUUUUCUCUCCAGGACUUGGCUGAAGAAGGGAUCAUCCCACCGUUAUCUAGGGCUGUACUGGAGGAUGGACCCUCUUACUCUGGGAGGCGGCUGUAGGCUCUGCUUCAGCUCUUCUCGACAGUGUUGCAGCUUACGCAGGCAGGAGAGAUACUCGUCACUGAGGUUGUCUAACUCUGAAUGCAGUUCUCUGCACUGGGGGGGAAUAUCACCAAGGUCAUCAUCAUCAGUUCUGGUCUGGGACAGAAUUCAGGUGGGGAGACUACCCUGUGUAAGUUACCCCUUCACUCAUUUGGAAUUUUUACCAUCUUUCCUUUCCAGGCUUUCUCAGCAAUUUCAGUUUGCCUUUCAACUGUUUCUCAUGUAAUUUGUCCAGAAUGUGUUCAUUUAAAUGAUUGAUUAUAACAUUACAUACUGUA